ACAGCGAUUGUCAAAUACUCACCACGAGGUUGGCAGUAUACACCGCGUGGUUUGAGCGAAGUGUCAAGAGUUUACGCAGAGGUGUUUGUGCAGAUUUCAUCGUUAAUUCUCAAUUAUAUCAACUUUAUUAUCGAAAAAUGACUGACACUGGUAAAGUCAAACGAGGUCGUGACUUUAAAUUCUCUCGUCCAUGGGAACACUGCUUUGGGUCUGAUCAAGAUGAACAUGAUCUCCACGAGAAGAAGAAAGAUCCACUGAGGUCUCAAAUUGAUUCCAGGAAACGGAGAGGAAAUUUGCCAAAAGAAGCUGUGAGAAUUCUGAAAACCUGGCUUCAUGAGCACAGAUACAAUGCUUACCCUUCUGACCAAGAGAAAGUAUCACUGUCUAGUGCCACCAACUUGACAGUGCUACAGGUAUGCAACUGGUUCAUCAACGCGAGGAGGAGAAUUCUACCAGAGAUGAUCAAGAAGGAUGGCCAAGAUCCACUUCAGUAUACAAUUACCAGAAAGCACAAACAAUCCUUGCUGGACAGGGUCACUUUUACAACUGGUGACGAUUCCAACAUGGAUAAUAGUUAUGAUGGAAGUGAUGAAAUAUACAGGUCCAGAAUGCCUUUUCUUAUUGACACUGACGGCUAUAUGUCAGAUUGCGAAGCAUCUUCAUCAAGUGACUUUAAUUCCGAGUCAGAAUCCGUGUCGGAUACAAGUGAUGGCAUGUCAAGUAGAUUUCAUGAGCACAGCUACACUCAACGCUAUGAGCGUGUGCCAGUUCAGGAUCAUUCAGCCAUUUCCAGUCAUGAACUUGUUCGCAAAGAUUCCUAUCCAUCCGAUGACAACACCCCUCCACCUUCGCCUCCUGAGCCCACCCCUGUUGCCCAUACCCCAGAGUCAUUCAAUGCUUUCUUCAUGCUUGUCGAUGUUGCAAUGGGUCAGCUGGAGAAACAGAAAUGUGAGGAAGCAUCACAAGAAUCUCCACAAAAAUCAUUAAUGUCUGUGUGAAAUUUGGACCUUGCUUGGAAAUAUACAUAUAUUAUAAAUCAACUUUGUAUGGCCAAUGAAUGAGAGGAUAUUUCAUGGAAAAAAAAAUUUGUGACACAAACUUUAUACUGAAAAAUACUUGAAAGUUUCAAAAUGUUUGCAGCUAGAAAAGAUACCUAUAUUUUUACUCGACACUCAUCAUCUACCAUUUUGACAAAUUGACAUAUCCAGUGAUUUCAUUCAUGUCAACUGCCUCAGGAUUUUUUUUUAUCUUGAUGAAGUUUCUGGAUUAUACAAUAUACACUUGUAGCCUGGAGGUAAAAUUUUGAAGUGACAGCUAUUAUAUUAUUGUGAAAAAUAUAUACUAUGAAGUACAGAAGAGAAAGUAAGCUUUAGGGGAGUGAUAAAUGUGACUGGAAAUUAAUUAUGAUUAAAAGUGGGUUAAUUGAUAUACGGAUAUCUAUUUCACCUCAUUUAUUUUAUCAAUACAUUUUCCUAAAAUGAACAAAAUGGUGGGGUGUUUUUCAUGGCUUAAUUUUUAAGCAAGUCUAUUUAGCCAUUGGCCAUUAACAAGCAAUCAUGGCAACUUCUAUAGAGGAGACAGGUGGGCCAUCUACCUGUAGUACAUUGGCCACAUGGUAAAUAAACAGUGCCUGCGUACCCAGCCGGUGUUUACAACCCAUUUCCCGCGUUAGGUUCACUUUGACAGCCAUUGUAAUCAGGCCGGCUCUCCUCUGCAAUGAUUGGCUGGUUCUGUAAUGAGGCCAUGUUGUGUGUGUAUGAUAACGUGUGCACAGCGAGUAUAGUUUAUCAAGGCUUUUUACUAUACACAAGAGUGAUAUGGAUCUAAUCCGGACUUGUAUUAUAAGUGUUUUUAACAUGUU